AUGUUUGAAGAGGGAACACGGGAAGCAAGUCUGGCGGCUUGUGGGCGUGUCCUUGCGUCGGUUGUCUCGCCGGCGGCGGUUGUUUCGGCGGCGGCCGUGGUGGCUCGGCCCGAGCCAUCGCCUCUUGUCGGUCUUCUUGCUGCUGCUCUCCCACAUGCGCUCACUUUGGCUGGCCUGGAAUCGUUGGCUCCAUCGCUCACAUCUCUUGUUGCUGCUGCUGCCGCCGCUGCUGCCCGUGGCAUCGAUGCCUGUCAAGACUCAACCGCCCAUGGUCUCCGCAUCGUCCCGCCCAGGCUCUCCACCAGCCAGACCAUGCUGGUUCAUGCUGCUCUGGAUGAUCUGCAUCACUCGGAGAACGCUAGCGUGGACCAUCUUGCCGAUGCCGGCUUCGUCGCUGCUACAGCCACCGCCCUCGCUCGCGCCCUUGCUCGCCAUGCCACCCUGGACCUGCUCACGCUGCGCUACUCGUUGGCGGCCGCAGUGUGGGAUGCCUACCAGGCCGGGGCCGACGAUGCUGGCCUUGCCAGCGCUCUGGCUGCUGCAGGGCUCUACAUCUCGCAUGUUGAGCCGGGACAGCUUGCGCUUGUGGCUGCCCUCGACGAGGUGGCGCUCGGCGCUAGCGACCACCGCGAUCCGCCGGGAGCCGCAGUGGUUCUCGGCGCCGUGCUGGAUGCGAUCCAUGGCGGUGGCGGGUUGGCCACACUGCCUACCCCUGUCGUUGAUGCAGCCUUUGCUCAGGUCGACGCUGAUGCCUUGAGCCUGGGCUCGGCUCAACUCGCCGCCGUCCUCCCGCCGGCAGCUAUGCGCCCUCUGGCGGCCAAGCUCCUUUCUGCUGACCGUUACCACACGCUGCCGCAUCCGCAAGUCGAGGCCGCGCUCCUUGGCCGACCUGACGGCGGGCUUGGGGCGUUUGAUCCCGACUCGCCCGAGUGGGGCGAUGCGCUGGCGACGUGGUGCGAAGCGCUUGCGGCGGCGGCCGAGAUCAUGGGCCUCAAUGUUGCUGCCGCUGCCAUGCGCGCCACGGCGAGCGAUGCGUCGCUUGAUGACCUUUGCACAGGCCGGAUUGUUGAUGUUGUACUUCCGCUUCUCUUUGAUGCUGCCCACGGCUCGGACGCACUCUCGGCCUUUGUCACCCUUGCCCUGGAUCCGGCCACUGAGCGCGGAGCGCUUGUGGAUGCGCUCGCCAACGCGCUUGCCACCCUUCCGCACGCGGUCACCCGGCCGGGCCUCGCCACGCUUGACAUUGUGCGAAGCUUUGCUGACGACGUCUACGCCGGCUCGUACUUUUUCGCCUUUUUCGCUACCGAGCCCUCUGACCGCGCCGCCGAGGAUCUUCGGCUUCUGCUGACCACCACCGAUCUCGAUCGCUCUGAAGCACUUGCUAGCGGCGUGGCUAGCCUCAACUCGCUGCUGGUGCGGGCCGACAUCCGAAGCAAGCUGGACGAGCUCUGCAGCUCGACGUACGAGUCGGUCCUCGUUCCGGCGCUGGUGGCAAGCGUUGAGGCUGCAACUGCAGCCGAGCCCGACAAGCUUGCGCUGCUGGCGCGGCGCGCGCUGAGCGAGACGACCACUCUCCGGCGGUGGGCAAUUGCCUUCAUCGAAGUCGGCGGGUGCGGAAGCCCACACCAGGCUAUGGUUCAGGCCGCACUCUGCGCCGCCGUCCGUGGCGCGCUCCUGGCUGUGCCGGAAGCUCAUCACGCGAGCCUUGUCGAGGCCUCGGUCUCUGCCGGCUCGAGUGUCUUUGCGGGCCUUGUCGACGGACUCCUUGCCGCACUCGACGAGGUGCCAAGCGAGGAUGUGCUUGCAAGCAUGGUGGAGAACAUGUUCGACGUGUUUGCGCCGCGAUGGCUGGCUACGUCGCUGGACGACACCACGCGUGCUGAGCUACUAGUUGACUACGUGGCUGACGCUGUGGAGGCUCGGGCAGAGCUGCUGGCUGCAGCCGAGGCCGGUGAGAUGAGCGAGCUUCUUGCCGGCCUCGCGCACGCCUUUCCAUGGCUCCCGUCGAUGAGCGAGCUUUUCCACGAGAUGCAGGCCCGGCUCGCCGACGACUUUGUGGGCGGGCUCUGCGCCAAGGCGCUGGCCGAAGCGGUAACGGCGGGGUGCGACGAUGGGCAGCGCCUGGCGCGGGCUGUUGCCAACGCGGUCCUAGAGCCAGUUGUUUCUCCAGUUGCAUACUCACUCACUACGGCGAUCUUUCCUGUUCUGAACCGGGUCGGUGGGCUUGACGCUGCACAGGCGGAUGCGCUGGCCACCGUUCGCACCAGCCUGGGCGUGACGCUCAAGGCGCUGCUGGCCACCAAGAUUGACGAUGGGAUGCUUGCGCGCGAGAUCGUCAUCCCGCUCGCCGCCCAGUGCUCUCCAAUCGCGGGGGCCUGGACCGAGGUGCCCGCCGAUGCGUGCCGUGGCAUCGGCGCGGCAGCAGUGGCCAGUGUGGGUGCGGCUGUGGGCGCAGCACCAGACGCGGUCGCGGCAGGCGUGUGCGCUCUGGCCAACGAGGCACUGACGGGCGACGAGGUGACCGGCGAGGUGUGCGGAGCGCUUGCGGGGCAGACGGUCCAGGCCACCGGCGAUGGCAUCAAGGUUGCGCGAGCUUUGGUGAGCAGUGUUCUGGGCGAGCUCUUGCCGCUCGCGCUUGGCGGGCAGGCGAGCAGCAGCGGCGGCAGACGGCUCCGCGAAAUGGUUGCGCAGGUUGUGCGUGGAUGGCUUGUCGAGGCUGCUCGAGCGGCGCCGGCGGCGGUGGCGGCGGCGAGUGUGCGAAGCAUGGCGGCACGCUGCAGGGCGCUGAACGAGAGCGAUGGGGCCGAUGUGGUGAGCGCGGUUGGAGUGGCAGUGACGCAGCGGCUUGCCGGCCUUGUGGCCAGUGAGAGUGGGCGAGGCUCGAUGCUGGCGCAGCUGGUGGCGGCUGUCGGCUCGCGGCUGCCGGAGGAUGCGAUGCGAAGGGUGGCCAAGGCGGUGGCUGCAGCAACGGACGCAGCGUCUGCGGUAGCCGGUGCGGUGGAGUGUGUGAUGGGUGCGGCGCCUGGUGCAGUGGCUGCAGCUGCGACAGAGAUGUGUGACGAGCUUCUUGCGGCGCUUGUGGAGAGCGAGGUGAGCCGGGUUGGCCCUGCCGCUGUCGACGCGGUGGUGGCGGAAGCCAGCAUCGCGCCGGCAGUGGUGGGCGCUCUUGUGAGCACGAUGCGGGCGUGGGCGCAGGGUGCGAGCAAUGUGCUUGCUGCGGUGUGCGAGGGCCGAGUGAGCGAACUCGAGCCCGUAGCCGAGGUACUCGCGCUCUCACAGCGAAGCGUGCUGAGCCUGCCGGGUCUGCUGGAGACGGAGCUGAGCGGCGCGACGGAGCGGGAUCUCUCGCCGCUGGCGUUUGGCAUGGUGCUGCCUGCGGCGGAAACGAUUGUUGGCGGUGUGCUGCAGCUCUUCUCGAGCUUGCAUGUCUCAAGCAGCCCGCUGCUGCAGUGGCUGAGUGGAUCACGCGCGAGCGGGGUUGUGGCUGCCAUGGUGGCAUCUGCGGUGCCGAGCCGUGACGCGGCCGAGGCCUUCUUCCGCCCGUGGCUGGAGCUCCUUUUUCCGGCGUCGGCAGCGAUUCUUCUGGCGGGGGUGACGGAUGGGUUGAUGCGGAGCGAGGAAAGAAUGGCCUCGGUGGCGGCAGAAUGUCGGUCGGCGGCGGUGGGCGUGGUGAGCAGUGUGCUCCAGGCACUUCAAUCGGGCAGCGAGGCCGUGGACGAGAACCGGUUGGACGAGAGCGUGCGAACGCUUGUGGCGACUGCCAAGGCGGAGGCGGCGGCUGCCAAGGCGAUCAAGGCGGUGGACAACGAGAACGCGGUCGCGUCGCGGGUCCGGGCCGAGUCGCGGCAGGGCAUGCCGCGGACCGGGACGCCGAACCGGGCGACGGUGACUACACCGCUCCCACCGCCGAUCCGCGGCGUGUCGGAGACGUAUGUGGCCUUUCGUGAGGCGUCUCAUCCUGCGGCCAUGGAGGAGCUGUUCAGCGGCGACACGGUUGUCGACGUUGUCUCAUUCACCGGCAUUACCACCGGCCGCAAGCUCACCUGGCAGCGGACGCUUGGCCUUGCGCUGCAGAGCGAGGGCGUGGCGGGCGGGCGGGCGUCGCGGUUCCGCCUCCGGGUCACCAACGUCUCGAUGCGCAAGGUCCGCGUGGCGGUGACGCUCGAGGGCCUCGGCGGCGUGCAGGCAGUGUACGACCAAGACCGCGAGCUUGCCGCCGGCCUCAGCAUAGGCAUCGAGCUCCGGGUCUGGCCCGAGGAGAUCGGCGAGUGGUUCGGCUGGGUCCAUGUCUGCGGUUUCGACGUCUACGGCAAGCGCGGCGUGGUCAGCGUCCCGAUGUACGUCUCGGUUCGGCCGUCGUAA